UCAUUAUCCUAUGAAACCAAGACAUCACACACAUCAAAAUCCUCUCCACCAUCCCACUCACAAAAAUGAGUUACACAAAAAUUUCUUAUCUUAUGCUAACCCUAAUAUCAUCAUUAGCUUUCACAUUGCUAAUUGGAACCACCGUAGCUGAACAAUGUGGAAAACAAGCAGAUGGAGCAUUGUGCCCAAACAACCUAUGUUGUAGCAAAUUUGGUUAUUGUGGUAACACAAAUGAUUAUUGUGGUGACGGUUGCCAAAGCCAAUGCAAAAGUUCAACGCCAACAACACCACCUAAUUUCGCUAGUGGUGAUGUUGGUAAGAUCGUAACAUCUUCAAUCUUUGAUCAAAUGCUUAAGUACCGGAAUAAUCCACGGUGUAAGGGAAAUGGAUUCUACUCCUAUAACACUUUCAUUGCUGCUGCUCGCUCUUUCGGCGGCGAUGAUGCCACCAAGAAGAAGGAGGUUGCUGCUUUUUGGCUCAAACCUCUCAUAAAACCACAGAAAAUUAAUUUGAUCCAAUUGGCCCAAAAAGAUUGAAACUGGCUCAUUCAAGCACAAUAGCCUUAUACCAAUCUCAGCUGUACUACUCCAUUCACUCUAAACUUGAUCUAAGAAGGUUAGAUGGCCAAACCAUGAGAAAAGAAAGAAAGAAAGCCCAUAUCCCACUUCAAGCCCAAUUUGGUGACCACACCCAAAUCCAUCUCACUUCAACAAAGUUACUAACUGGGUAAACAAAGUUCAACUCAAUUGAAUCCCUUUUCACUUCCACCGAACACAAAUUCUCUCUUCUCUCUCUUCUUUUUCUUCCUUAAUCCCAUCAAUCUCUAAAUCAAGAAAGAAGAAAGAGAAAAGAUCUAAAACUAGGGCAUAAAGAAGAAUCAAAAGCUAGCAUCCAUUUUCAAGCAAGAAGAGAAAGUAUAAGGGAUACAAUAAAGGGAAGAUUAUCAAGUACAGAAGAUUACAAGAAGGUGGUUUUCUAUUUGUGCUUCAACAAGAAUCCUUGAAGAAAUCUUCUGAGUAUGAAGCACCAUUCAAGCAACUAUGAAGACAGUCAAGUCAAAAGUGCUCAGUGGCUCAACAAUAAUGAUAAAAAAUCAAACUUGGGGCCAAAGAAAGAAUACACGGUCCAGAUUCAAGAAGCUUGAAGAAAAAUGAUGAAAGAGAAUGGUAAGGUUGCAUGUCACUGCUUCAGCCUUUUCUCUCUCCUAUGACCAUGCCACUACUGUUUCUGAUGUUGGAGAAGAAGACAAUACAAGUGUUGAACUUGAUUCAAACCUUGGAAGCUUCACUCCUCAAUAAUAGGGGUGAACGACCAAGGAUUGAGUAAGAGAGAAAGAGCACUUGCUUCGAUUUUCAUAGCUCCCUAAGCUGUUCUUAUUUUUCUCCUUCAUAGUUUUUAUUUUGUAAUUCUUUUUCUCAGUUUAGUCUAUCUGAGUUUUAUUGGAAAAAAGACAAACAUGGUGAGGUUUGUAAGAAAAAGUCAAUGAGUAAAAGAAGACAGUAGUGAGCUAGACUUGGAGAAAAAGCCAUAGUUAUAUUAGAAAUUCUUUGUAAGUCUUUCUGUUUUUUGUCAUGAUCUUGAGAGAAUUCCCUUGCAAGUUGGGUUAGCACUUUGCAGUUGAAAGCUAGGGUGAGUCCUAGUCAAGUUCUGGUUAGGUUAGAAUCUAGACUUGUUCCAAAUAGGAUUUGGUAGAUCUUUGGGAGAAUUGGUGUUUGUAAUCUUUUGAAAAGAUAGUGAAAUUCUAUCUUAGUUAUGAUGGAGACUGGA